AUUUACGUAGAGUGCCCAACCCAGAAGCUCAAAGGUGCACAAAAAGAAGGAACAAGUCAGAGGCAGAGAAGCUAGUGAGCAAUGAGGAACAACACUUUGUUGACAUUCCUUGCUAGACGACCAUCGACAACAACAACCCAAAACCCAAAUUUACGUUGGCGGUUCUUCUGUUCACCACCCUCUUCCUCCUCUACUGGCCCGAACAAUAAGCUCUUCGUUGGAGGCUUGUCAUGGUCGAUGGACGAGAAGUCCUUGAAAGACGCUUUCUCUUCCUUCGGGGAGGUCACUGAAGUGAAGAUAGUGUAUGACAGAGACUCAGGAAGGUCUAGAGGCUUUGGAUUUGUUAAUUUCACCAAGGAAGAUGAUGCCCAGGUUGCAAGAGAUGCCAUGGAUGGAAAGGCAUUGCUUGGUCGGCCAUUGAGGGUUACGUAUGCUCUAGAAAGAGUUCGAGGCGGACAUGUUGUGGUUCCUCGCCUUUCCGACAGUGGAGAUGCUAACAGUCGAUAUACAUGAACUCAUGUGGUCGAAUGAAAAUUUUAUAAAGUGCUUGAAGAAUCUUGUCAAAGUUCAAUUCUUACCAAGUUGUGUUAAUUCACGCCAAGGAUCAAAUGAAAUGAGCCACAUUAUAAGAAUACAUAUAUCUCUACGAAUGUAUGAAAUUAUUUGUUUGUAA